AUGUCUUACCAACAGACUGCGAAUCACACAGAGACUACCUUCGCCCCUCGCACCACCACGACGAACAUGUACACGCAGCCGCCUGUUCGUGGGCACCACGAACCCCAGAGUCAGGGAGUCACGUACGCUCAAGGUCAAGUCCCGAGCUCUCAGAACGAGAGUCUUUCCAUGAGUGCCAUGAUCAAUCAUCUCGCUGGCUUGGCUCUUCCUGGUGGCAAUAUGGCUUCUGCAAAUGCCGCAAUGGGUGCCAAUCAACUCCCUCUUGGUGGCAAUACCCAGUUCUACGUGACUCCGGAUGGUCAGCUUUUCUGUGCUCCUAAUCCUGGCAUGUAUCCUACCCAACCUUUGGCCCCGAGUCAACUUCCGGACAACUCUUACACUUAUCCUGCCACCUUACCGUAUCUCGCGCAGACUGCGUACGGCUACCUUCCUGGUUAUCCAAUGUUGCCAUACACGCCAGGUCGUGCUGGCUACUACACAGAUAGAUCGGAUCAUAUACACAAGGACGUUCCCGGCCUCGAAAAUCGCCGUGGUUCUUACUCCACCAACGAGUCUGUUCCAGGAACUCCCUACUAUGGCCCAACUUCUCUGCGCGAUCAGGCCACUCAGAUUGCACCAGUUGAUCGGUCUCCAUUUGGUUCCACGCCUUCACCGCAACAGCUUGGGCUUCCACAAAUCCAGCAGGUUGCCAAGCCCUUACCAUACAAGACCAUCCCCAUCGAUGUUGAUAUUGACGCUUUGCUUGUUCAACAUCCAGCCAUCCCUCGAGCUGUGCCCGCCGUUUUUACACCUCGUGAGAGCAUGAGAACUCUAGACCAGAGCUUAUCAAACCCCAUCUUCGGCAAUCGCAACGUUUACAUUCGUGGCCUUCACCCAAACACUGAUGAUGAAACUCUCGCUGCAUAUGCGGCACGUUUUGGCAAGGUUGAAACUUCCAAGGCUAUUAUUGAUACCUCUACUGGUGCCUGCAAAGGCUUCGGAUUUGCCAAGUACUACAAUGUUCGCGACUCCGAACUCUGCAUCCGUGGAUUUUACAAGCUUGGCUAUGAGGUUGGAUUUGCUAGAGAGUCCUUCAAUUCCCGUCUCAAGGCUGAAGGCGAUGAAUCGUCAACCAACCUCUACGUUUCGAAUUUGCCCAAGAACAUGACUGAAUCGGAACUUGGUGCUAUCUUCAUGGACUACACUGUCAGUUCGAGCAGAAUCCUUCGUGAUCAUCAGAAUAACAGCCGUGGUGUCGGCUUUGCUCGUUUUGAGAGCCGUGAAAUCUGCGAAGAGAUCAUCAAGAAGUUCCACGGUCAGCCAAUUGGCGAAGAGGGUCUCCUCCUUCAAGUCCGUUACGCCGAUACCCCAGCCCAGAAGGAUCUGAAGCGUAUUACAACCGAACGUAGACAGUUCCGGACCAACGAGUACAAUGUUGGUGCUUAUGGCGGCUCAGCUGCUGAUAUUCUCGCACUUUCCCCGCCGUUAGCAGUAGCAUCUCCGCUCCUCCCCCGCGCUUCUCAGAUCGCUCGCCAUCUUCCUUCUAGGGCCAACGGCUCUUGGAAGCGUGAAGAUUCUGUCCACAGCUCUGUUGGCUCCGGUCCUGUCUUCAAGGAUGUUGAUCGACAGGCAAAAGUGCCUCUCACUGAGCCUAACACCACUAAGCCUAAGGAACAAAAACUCUCCAUGUCCACGCCACCAAUUUCUGAGGAUGGCUCUGGCGAAGAUGGUGUCACUGUCCAUUGCGACUCGCCAGUUGUGGCCCAUGGUGGCUCCACUACUUCUCCAUCCGCUCGCAAGUCUUAA